AUGAAUGCCAAUUUGUUUCUUACUCAACAACAACAACAGCAACAGCUGGGAAGAAGUCCAGGGUACUUUGUUCAACUUGGUGCCCUCAACGCAGCACCAUCCACAGCCGCUCCCUGCUUUCUGAGUGGAGCACCUGUGCCCCCAACUCAACAGCAAAUAUCAAUACAAGAACAGCAGGAACAUGCAAUAGCAACACAACCGGGGUUUAUCAUCACAAACAACAACAACAACAACAACAACAGCGAUACAGGAGAUGUGAAGAGUUCCCAAACAUCUAUGUUUCCUCUCAUCUCGUCAUCUAUAUGGGCAACCCAAGAUACUGCGACAUCCUUUAUUCCAGCGUAUCAAUGUUCAAAUACAGAGAAUGUGGUGAAUGGCAAUAAUUCCUCUACAGGUGUCAAUUGUUUUUUUACAUUCAAUAAUGGUCCAUCCACUGCUGUUGAGGCAUCUGCAUCUCCGGUGGUGUAUUCAUUCCCAGUACAGCAACCACCACCACCACCACAACAACAACAACAACAACAACAACAAGAAGCUGCCUCUGGUCCAGAUACAGCAGCAGCGGGAUCUACGUAUAUGAUACUUACAGCUGCGGCUGGAAAUGCACCCAAUGCGAGUAAUACUCCUCUUUAUUUUCUCGUCAAUGCAUCUACUACUCCAUCUGUGCAACCGCAAUUAACGACAUUUGUUUCAAACCCCGUCGUGCAGUCUGUGCCGAAUGCUACUACUACUAAUACUACUGCUAAUACUGCUACUAUGAAUAGAUCAGAGCCACUCCCACCCUAUCCACUUUCCCAGCCCACUGCAAAUGUGAUGGGAAUCCCAUGGACAACGCAGUUUGUGCCAAACACCGGCUCCGUGCCCGUAAGUGGAUUCCCGCUGCUGAUGAGUAAUCCACCCGCCACUCAUGUGGAUGGGAGCAUUCUAUCGGACGCUCGAUCCUUCCCGCAUCAGCAGUGCUACCGUCAACAACAACAACAACAACAACAACAACAAGAAGCAACAUCACAACAACAACAAAAACAACAACACUCCUUUUAUAUGGGCGAGGCUUCUAAUCAAUCAACAUCUUCCGCCUCAUCUCCGGCGUCAGGCACUCGGCGGCGUACACGUGCCGGUGAUUCCACCGCCGUGCGCGAUGGUAGUAACAGGAAUGGUGGAGGGAGUGGACAAGAUGCCGAGGUUCGUGCUGGUGUGCCGUACAGUUUGGAUCCUGUUCCCAUUGAUAUCAGCAAGACACAACUUAUUGUGAACUUUCUUCCCCAAUCCCUCACAGAUGAGGAGUUCCGCUCCCUCUUUGCUCGUUUCGGUCCAUUACAUACAAAACCAACAAAAAUCAUUUAUGAUCAAAGUUCCCGUAGACGUAAGGGAUUUGGGUUUGUAUACUAUAAGGAUGGCCGAAGUACGGAAGGGGCUAUUAAAGAAAUGAAUGGAUUUCUUGUGGGUGGGCGCAAAUUGAAAGUACGAUAUGCUGAUCAACAGCGAUCUAGCAUUGAUUGUGAUAGUUGCAAUGGUGAUAGUGUAGAAACACCAUCGUCGAAUAGCAAUGAUGUCAAUAUUAAUGUUAAGGAGUACGUGGAUAUAGAUGUGGAUGAUGUAAAUAGUCAAGAUGAUAUGUUGUUAAUAACGCAGGCAAUGAGUCUCGAUGACGAUGACUGA